AGACGACGAGGUUCAUUGUCGCCGGCGUCGUCUUCUUGUCAAGGAUCCAGAGCCUGCCGUUGCUUCGCACUGCGUAAAGCUUCUUUUGACGGCCGUAGGCUUCUCAACUGACGAACAUCCCGAAGCCCAUUAGCACGGAUCACGUGCUUUUUUGUCUCGUCACCAGCCGUCAACCAACUUUGCAGAUCGUCAGCACAAUCUCUAAUGUCUUCCGGGGAGAGCGCGAAGCUUUGGAAGGCGGUUGUUGUUGAACUCAAGCCAGGCGUAACUGGCGAACAGUGUGAGGCUGCUCUGUCUCUGAACCUUCCCAUCUUUACGACUCGGUUCACGAAUGACACAGCCAAAGGAUUUCUUUUGCAAUAUCCACCUGGUGCAUACACUGCCGGACGCACCUUAAACACUGUGUAUCUCCUUGAUCUUCCCGCACAUCUUUCGCGCCUAUGCUCCUCCGUUAGUGAUAUCAAAUUCACAAUCCCACCGCCAGAAGAUGACGUUGACAGUGGCCAAAUCGUCACAUGCCCGGUAGUCACUGGUGAAAGUGAGCCGGCUGAGCCUGCGGUUGUUGUCGAAGCCAUGUCUCCUUUCCGGAAUCCUGAAGAACUACCAAAAUUUGUUGUACCAUUGAUGAAGAAGGCUUUGGCAGAAUGGCUGGCCUCAUCUGCAUCUCGAGUUGUUGGACAAAUCGAGGCUAAAGUGACCGUGCUCAUAACAUAUUCUCCAAAAGAAGGUGCAAAGCUGGUUGCACACUGCGAUGAACUCAUCCAACCUAAAGCGGAGAAAACGGAUGUUAUAGUUUACGGCAUGCCAAGAAAGAAUGCCACCGCGAAAGAUUCCCGAUGGGUUGCCGACCGCUCUGCAUUAGAAAAAUAUUUGUCUCCAACCAUCAAUGAAGUCAUUCUAACGGAUCCGCAUCUUAACAUUUACGAGGGACUGACAUCGAACUUCUGCGCCGUGCUAGCAGACACUUCUUCUGGGGGAAAACCCUACGUGGCGUGUGCACCAUUGGAGUACGUUCUGCUAGGUACGAUUCUCCGUAUGGUUCGACAUGUUUGUGAACAGGAGAGCAUCGAAUUUCGGUUUGAGUUUCCGAAAGCUUCUGAGGCUGCCACUUGGCUAGGAGCAUUCAUUACAAGCACAUCGCGAGCUGUUUUACCGAUUCGUGCUAUCCAUUUAAAUGACGGAAGCCCUCCGAUCGAACUUCCGUCAACAUGCGAAACGAUAGACAUUAUCAAACGCGGAUUGAGGAAGGAGAUGCUCGACCGCGCAUCACCACUUGUGACAUUAGAUGAUAUAGAUCAGAUUAAAAGAGGUGCAGUCUGAACAUACAGAGCCAUUAACUAGUUACGCAUCCAACAGUCCUAGUACUAUUAAAUAAAAUACCUAGCCUCAGCGCCCGCGCUGGCGGCUUGUACUCAUGGAUAUA